GAAAAAAACGACCUUUUCUGUCCCUCACCCUCCCCCGACCGCUCUCUCCGGCGACGGACACCGCGCCGGACUCCGCUGUCUCCUCCUCCUCCCCGUCUUCCCCGCCACCCAGCUCUGCCUCGCCCCAAUCCGCACCCAGGCGGGAAGGGAGAGGCACUUCGAGCCGUAUUCUCCGCCGCCCCAACCGCGCCCGCGACGAGUGGAGCUCCUGCAUCCGGCCGGCUCCGCCCCGCGUUCCCCCGGUCGCCAUCCUCCGGUGCCGCCCCAAGGCAGGUUUGUUACCUGCAGGAAAGGUGGAAGAUUCCUAGGGCUGGAUCACUAUUUAACCUGAUUGCUGUUACUGCUGACGAAUACCAUUGAAUCAUGAAAGCUCCUCAGCAGCACCUUAAACCAACUGACACAGAAGCAAAUGUCAAACUUGGUGUUAAUAAGAUGCAUUGCCUGAAGCCAGGCAAAUAUACCCACAUAUCACCAGGCAAUGUUGGGGCUAAAUGCACAACAGGAGAUGAUCAAUCGUUUACUGGCAGUAAGAUUGCAUUGAAGGGUGGUAGCUCUAUGGAAGUACCAUUUCUCAACUUGACAAACGUGUCUGCUCAACCACCAAAUUAUUCUGGAAAAAUGAAGCUUCAGUUUUUUCCAAUAGAUGAGACGAUUCAAAAGGUUCUACAGCAGGAGAAACACAAUCCUUACCUGGAGUUGACUUUGGCUCCUCGAAAGAAGAUGUCCUCAAUUGUGCAACAUCUCAACACAAAAUGGGGUCGUUCUAGUUGUGCAAAAGGCGACCUCAUGCUCUUCCCAUACAGUGCUAGACCGGAUAGCAUAGCCAGCAGUAAAAGAUGGACUCUUAAUGAUUCUUGCACUGCUGCUGAUGUUUAUGUCGCUGUUGGCAGCCCUUCAACAUUCCGUUUAAGGUAUGGUUGGUUCAAGCCUAAUUUGAAGCAACAAAUCAGCAAAACAUCCUUGGCAACAACGCUCUCUCCAGAAAAGACUAUGGGAGACAAACCUUCAGAUCCUUUUAAGUUUCCAAGUAGAUUUGCCAGUCCAUCCGUGGAGUGUAACACAGAACAGAGUGUGGUGGAUGACAACCAAAGCAAAGUGGCACCUCUUUCAUGGAUGGACUGCAUAUCCAAUAUCAGUUUUGGAGCACUGUUAUCGCAAGCUGUGCCCUCUCAAGACAGCAAACAACCGCCUUUGCAAAAUAGCUCGAUUUUCCAGCAGCCGCCUUUGCAAAAUAGCUCGAUUUUCCAGCAGCAGAUUCCAGCCACGUGCGAUUCAUUCGAUGCUGCUAUUGCUUCCUUGAUCGCUCGGCAGCAAACAGGUAACCAACCAAAGGUGUCAAAUCCAUCCCCUUGGGACGCAGAUGAAACCUGUCAUGCAUUCCCUCCUCCCCGGAAUCAAAAUUUAGCCAGGAUGUCCUCUUGUGGUCCUGGCAACAGUAGUGCUAUUACCUCAACUAUCCUUGGUGCAAUUGCUGAAUCCAAUACAGAUGGCAACCAGCAACCCUGGCUACCAGCGCUCUACCGAAGGCAGGAAAGAGGAACCAAGGCCCCCUCGGAUACCACCAGGCUUGGGCAAUAAUGAUAAUGUGAAAGCCUGAUGCGUCGUCGAUGAUUCUGAAGCUCUGGUUUCUGACCAACCAAGAUAUUUUUUAUUAUUAUUCUAGCAAAAACCAUGGUCAGUUAAGAUUGCGUUGUUGUCAACUCUGACGGCGGAACAAGAGAGGUUGAAGCGCACACAACACCUCCUUCAAUUUGGUUUCCUCUAUUCUUGGAAGUUUUGUCUCUGAAAAUUAGAGCACCUUCCUAAAAGUGGAUGGUAACUAAAAUUCUUCAAUUUGUUAUGGUGUAGCUUGAGUCAUCUUGCGAAAACUUCCACCAAGUCGCUUCGUUUAAAAUCAUUUAUAAUAAAUGACUGGAAUUUUCAGAGCACAAUGUCGUGAUGUUGAUACUGUAACUCGACAAAAAAAGCAUAUAUCUAUCUAUUUUGAAGUAGAAUAUAUCCUAAACAUGUGUGUGGUGGAUUAUAAACAUGCGUGCGGUGGACACAGACGCAUGUGGAAUUUGGAAA